UCGGCUGACUGUCAUCUCUAAUACCCAACCGGCAAAAACAAAUAUUACACAAGUAACAGAAAACAUUAUCUUAAAUAAAAACAGAUAUUUGAUAACAAAAACCUAGCAAAAUGGUGAGACUGAGGAUGCCCUCAAACCGGACCCUGGGCAAUAUUUGUGUCUAUGGCGCCGUGGCCUCCAUAUCCGCUGUAAUGUACAUGCGCUGGAAGAUGGAGGAUCGGGUGAGAAACUGCGAGUACUACAAACUGGCCUUAAAAGCCCUAAGGAGCCAUCGAGGGGCUGUGGGGCUACUGGGAGAACCCAUCAAGGAUUCUGGCAUUGACCUGUCCAAUGCCAACAACAAUUGCAAUGCGGAGAUGGCUCAUUUCGAGGUUUCCGUGCGGGGCAGUAAAGACAAAGGCACGCUCUUCUUCUGGGCCUCCCAUAAACCAGAUAGCGGCUGGCUGAUCGACCGACUGGAGCUGGAAACGAAACUUAAUCCUGAGAAGCGAUUUUUGCUCAAAAAAUCCGAGGAGUUAACUUUCGAUCUUCCGGAAAGUAUAAGCAAGCUUCCUGCCCAGGAAAUAGAUUCUAAAGUUAGUCUUUCCGAAACGCAUUCAAAGUAACCAAAGCAUCCGAUUCAAUUAGUUUAUUCUCUUUAAAUUUGACUAAUUCAAGCAAUCUUAAAUGUUUUAUAGUUAUGUUAUUUUAAUUACAAAUUUAUUGUUUUUAUAAAAUCAAA